AUGCCUGAUCGACCAAUGUUGAAAUGUCCAUUAUGUCCUCAAAAAGAAGGUCCAUAUUACUCCCACACUUCCAGCUUGCUAAGACAUGUCCAGACCAAGCAUUACACGCCCACGAGUUAUAAGUGUAAAUCGUGUGGGAAAUUCUAUCACAGAAGGGACAACCUUCUCACGCAUAUUCAUCUGCACCAUGGGGGCAUUGAAGCAGACGCGCCGAACCUCAAAGAAAGGUUGGAUCCUCCAGAAAGGUGCCCUAUUUGUCAAAUCCCCCUAGGCUCUUGGGGGAAAUUCAAGAAAUGCAUUGUCAUGCAUGCUAUUCUUGACGAAGAGCUGUAA